UGAUGAGAUGGUCUGCUUCCUGCUUCCCGACCGGUCCUCCAUCACUUCCGGUCCCGUUGCUGCGACACGGGACAUCAACAGCGAUGGCUGACAAGGAGAAGCGCCGGUCCGCGGUUCUUCUGUCGGGGAUGUCCGCGGGCAAAGCCGCGAAAUCGGACAGCGACAGGGAGUUCCUGGAGCAGGCCGGUGUCGGGGACCUGCUCCGCGGGGCCAUCCUGAAAAUGGUCGAGGCCAGGUCGGAUGAUCCCAUCGGGUUCCUGGCCGAUCACUUCUGCAACCUGGCCUCGGUUACAGACAGCAGCCCGGCUGGAUGCGGAGAGGAGGAGCAGCAUCAGCAGCAGCAGCAGCAGCUGAGCACCGGACCUGUCGGCGCAGGCGCACAACAGCAGCAGCAGCGUCUCAACCGGGCUCUGUGGCACCUGCGGCUCGCGCAUCACUCUCAGAGGUCAGCCUUCAGCAACAACGUCUGUGUGGCCUACGACCUCCUGAACCUUAAUGGAUGUCAAAGACGAGCCAGCGAGGCUCCUGAGGGCCCUGAUGGUUCCAGCCCUGACGUCCCCACUGAAGGCGGAGUGGGUGGAGGAGUAAGAGGAGGCCUCUACACGCAGACUUUGCAGUGCCUCUGCAGCGAAGGCGGAGUCCCCGCCUCCACCUCUGCCCCGCUCCUCCGCCGCCUCUGUUGUCAGGACCACGAAGCUGUCCCUUACGAUGUCUUCCGCCACGGGGUGCUCACCUGUGCUGUUUUCUCGGACUACAUCCGGCAGGCUCAGAGGCUCUACGCCGAGGUGUGCUGCCCCGACGAGGGGCCCGCCUCCCGGGCGCUGUGCCUCGCCGUGCUUGGGACCCUGAAGGAAGCACUUGAGACCUCCCAGGGCUGCGAGGCAAACUGCUUCGUUAAUGAUAAUACGAAAUCCAAUGCUUCCUUGGAAGCAAACGCGAAGGCUAUCUGCUUCCUGGAGGCCAGCGCCAAGAUCUCCCCCCACAAGCUGGCGCAGGCCAUGGCCGGAGCACAGACCCGGGGGCCCGGCGGCAACAUGGACGCAAAGGAGUUUGAAAACGCAGCCGCAGACCUGUUCAUCGAUCGCGUUAAAGUUGUGUCUUAGGACUGCUCACAAUUCAUGAAUGUACAGCAAUAAACUGCGUUGAUCCUUCA